CAUCAAUUCGCGCAUGAUUUAAAGGCAGCUCUUAGCUCUCUGUACCCAUACUUUAGCUUGCAUUCUUCGAUAGCCAUGGCCGAAGAGGGCGAUGCUGGCGACCAAGACAGCAACAGCGUGCACAGCGACCAAGACGGGCAGUUAGAGGUCGUCUUCGCACCCAACGACAUUCGCCGUCGCAAAUCGUCGCUCGUGCCCGCAACCGCACAACGCCCUGCGCAUCGCCGCCAGAAGACGCAAUGUUUUGUGCACACGCUUCUCGAGAAGCACGAUGGCAUCUCAGUAAAGGACCGCGACGCGUCGUACGAGGGCCUUGCACAGGAGCGCAUGUUGGACAAAGACCCGCACGGCCAUGCUGACGAAUCGCAACAUUCGCGCCUCUUGACGAAGAAGCAGAUAUCCGACAUGGCAUUUGGUAUAAGAGAGCUGUCAAAGAAGCUGGCACAGAUACGGUUGAAAUUGCAUGUGCGCAACAUAUUCAUCCUCGCGAAGGCGCAUGACGAGACUUUGAUCAAGCACACGCGCGAGACCGUCGAUUGGCUUCUGACAAAAGAUCCCGGCUACAAGGUGUAUGUGGAAGAGACGCUGGAGCACAACAAGCUCUUCGACGCAAAGAGCCUGCUGCAGAAGGACUCAUUCGAAGGCCGGUUGAAGUUUUGGACAAACGAGCUAUGCCACGACAAACCGCAGACCUUCGACAUUGCGCUGGCGCUCGGCGGCGACGGCACCGUCCUCUAUGCUUCGUGGCUCUUCCAGCGCAUCGUCCCGCCCGUCCUCGCCUUCUCCCUCGGCUCCCUCGGCUUCCUCACCAAAUUCGACUACGAGCAGUACCCGCUCACGCUCUCCCGCGCCUUCGACGAAGGCAUCACCGUCAGCCUGCGCCUCCGCUUCGAAGCCACCAUCAUGCGCUCCCAGACCCGCGACAAUCCCCACCGCGACCUCGUCGAGGAGCUCAUCGGCGAGGAGUCAGAAGACCACCACACGCACCGCCCGGACGGCACGCACAACAUCCUCAACGAGGUGGUGGUAGACCGCGGGCCGAACCCGACAAUGUCCAGCAUCGAGCUGUUUGGUGAUGACGAGCACUUCACGACCGUCCAGGCCGACGGCAUCUGCGUGUCGACGCCUACAGGGAGCACAGCGUACAAUCUCGCAGCCGGCGGCUCGCUGUGCCACCCAGACAACCCCGUGAUCCUCGUGACCGCCAUCUGCGCGCAUACUUUAUCCUUCCGGCCCAUCAUUCUGCCCGACACGAUCGUCCUGCGUGCGGGGGUGCCCUACGAUGCGCGAAUGAGCUCGUGGGCGAGUUUUGACGGGAGAGAACGCGUGGAGCUGAAGCCGGGGGAUUAUGUCACGAUUAGUGCGAGUCGCUUCCCGUUUCCGAGCGUGCUGCCGCUGGAUCGGAAGAGCAAGGAUUGGAUUGAUAGUAUUAGUCGGACUCUGCAGUGGAAUAGUCGCCAGAGACAGAAGAGCUUCAAGGAGUGGUCGUAGGGUGGGGGUUCUGGCUUUCUUGUCUUCAAAAUCAUAGCAGGUAGACCAUAUAGGGCGCAAGCGAAGUGAUACACGGAGC